AUGGAGGGACAGCCACCGGCAGGUGCCACUGUGGAGGGGAAAGGAAGGGCAGCAGCAGACGCGCUGAACAGACAGAUAAAACAGGUCGUCUCAACUGGCACUGGCAGCUCUUAUAGGUGAGGAUCUGACUACUGUGGGACUAUGUAUUUUCAUUGAAUGUUUAUUAUUGAAUUACUGUAUUUACACAUUUUCUGCCUCUGAAAUGUAUAUUUUUUCACAGUUUAAAUACAGUAUAUCAACCCUAAAUUAAACAUGGAAUUUAGGCCACAAUGAACUUUAUUGUGGAGGCCAAAAUUAUUUAAUGAGGCCUAACACAAUAUAUUGUGUUGCUUAGCCAAUACUCAAUCUUAAUAUAUAAUUACAGUAACUACCAAACUACAUGCAUCAAUUGUUAAUCAAUUGUAUUUAAAUGUUGUGCACAUGUUGGUAAGAGAAGAACAUAUUGUGCACAACAUUUAAAUACAAUUGAUUAAUAAUUUAUGCAUGCGUUUUUGGUAGUUACUGUACUAGCAGUAGCAAAUCCAAGAUGCAUGUAGCCUUCAGUCUAUUGACAAUAAAGCGCACGUCAUCCCUACUGGGUUUUAUAAUCUACUCAAGAAAGCACACGCUACCUCUCCAUCAUGAACUGUACAUGUCAGCUUUUUUCUAGAUUAAUCUUAAAUGUGUUUUUGUUUGAUAUUUGAUAUAACAUAUGUUCUCUCAUUUCAGUGUCCUGUGAUCUUGAUGAUCAGACUAAUGUUAUCAUAGAUAACUGCUGCAGCAUUGAUUGUCCCCUGUUUCAUCCUCCUCUAUUACCAGAUCAAUACAGUAGCACAUCAUGUCAGGGCCAAGGCAGUAAAGGAGCUGUGGAUAUAAUCAUGUCUAUUGUUCUCAACAUAGGCCUCUCUAAGGCCUCUCUGGAGGGGCUCCCUCAUUUGUUUCCCUAGUUUUUGACUGCAAGGUCAAUGAGUUUUUGUGUAAAAUGUGUAGAGAGCUUUGCAGUUGUCGUCUGUGUGUGAAAGAAACAGAAGCCCUGUGUUGUAGUUACUGUAAUGGGGAGUAAAGUGACUAACGCGAGUCAUGCUACCCUCCCUGUGUACACUUUGGCUGUAGAUCUGAUGUCAUUUCGGUCCAUUUCCUCCCACAGAUUUUGGGCAACAACAAUGUUUGUUUGGGAUUCAUAAUAAAACUAAGUGAUUUGUUGUAUGAUUAAUUAAUACAGUGGCAUCUAAUGAGUUUGCUGAUUCAUUGUUUUUCAGGAAUGAGUUCAAGGCGUACAAAGAUGUGAAGCCAGUGAAGUCAACCAAGCCCCAGUCUCAGUACAAACCGCCUAUGGAUGACAAGGACAAGACCAGCCUGGAGACCAGCUACAGCGCCACCUACAAGGGGGAGCAGACCAAGGUGCAGCCCACUGACAACAAGCUGCUGGAGCGCAGGAGGAUACGCAGCCUGUACAACGAGCCGGGCGGCAAGGAGACCACCAAGGUGAGCCCACAUCAAUAUGCAUGUGACACUGAACACUUACCAUUUUAUGUUAAAAUGUGUAUCUAAUUGCACAAAAUACAUGUUCAAUUUCGAGUUUUCCAACCUGUUGCUGUGACGGGCCAAUUCAUGUUUAUGUAUUUAUGUCUCCAAUGACUCCAAAUAAUGCAAAUUAAACUUCAAACUGCAUUAGUUACUUUGGACAUUGUUGUUUUCAUGUAUAUGUUCUCCUUCAAGCAAUAUACUAUUUUGAUUUAGAUGCUAAACUUAUAACGAUUGAGAUCAUCACUGUAGCCUGUUCCAUGGUCCUAAUCACUUUGAAAUGUUGUACAGUAUAAAAUCUCAGAGGAACUGUCUAAACUACUAAAUUAAGAUAAGAAUUAGCACAUCACAAAACUAAUGUAAUCAAUCAAAGUUAAUUAAAUCUCCACAUGCAUGUUUGUGAGCGGUAGGAAAGUCUCAUGUGUCUGCAUGCUAUGUUUAUAUGGCCCCUCCCUCUCUCACUCUUGUAGGACUGUUCUGAGACUGAGAGCAGCUCUAUUCUAGAUCUGCUGUAGUCAGGUGUGUUGUCAAUUUCUCUGGAAGGCAUGGAGGUUGAACUCAGAUUAACUCACACCUUGAUUAAUGCACCUUAACCAACAGGACUAGGGUCACAUUAGCCACCAAACUGCCAGAUAAUUCAAUCAUUCUGUAAAGCUGUCAGCCACGUCCUUAAAGAUUGCACUGCCUCUCUCAAGACCACCAAGAGAGCUUGGAUUAAAUGAAUGUAUUAUUUUGCAUGUCAUAUCAACUCUCAGUCCUUUGGUUUGAUUGGUGUCAGAAGAAGCACUUUAUACAAAGGGCAAAAAGCCCAAUUAUCUUUACAAAAAAAACUAAUUUGUUGAAUAUGACCAAAAAUAUAGUCUCGUCCCAUAGAAAGAGAAUAAGAUUGUGCAUAUUAAGUUAGUUGUUCAUAUACUAAUCCCAACUUUAUACUGUAAGUUUGUAUUUUAGACACAACCUUCAGGAUGGAAAUGAAAUUAGUUUUUCUAAACAGAGAUUAUGUUCCAAUGGACACAAGUGGGUUUUUUUCAUCGUAAGUGCACUAACCACGUAUUGCAAAUAUUACCAACAAGAUAGUGACAAAAAAAAAAAAAAACAUGGGGGAUUGGAAGUGAUGCAGACAAUUACAUUGAUAGAAGAUACAAUCUAUCUGCAAUAUUAAGCUGAUCCAUUCCCCCCCCCCAAAAAAACUAAAAAAACAAAAAACAAAAAAACAAGAUAGUGACAUUUGCUAUUUUAUUUUUAUUUGAUGUUAGUAACAGGAAGGUAUGUAUUGCAUGCUCAGAAUAAAGAUUUACUGUAACAUCUCCAGGAAAUGAAUUGCCAGUGUUCACCUUAGAGAUUCAUGAGCUCUUUGUAUCACUAUCAUACAGUAUCAUUCCAAAGAUGAUACUGUAACCUGGACUGAUGACAUUUUGACUGUGUAGUUUACCUACAGUUGUAGGAGGAUGUGAAGUACACAAUGCCCUCCUCUCUGCCUCUAUAGGUGGACAAGACAAAAACCAAACCAAAAAAGACAUCAACGACAACGAGCAAAAUGGUGAAAAAGGCGAAAGAGAAGACCAUCGCUGGUGCACUGUCAACCAAGAAGAAAACCUCCACGAGCACCAAGCCAGACGAGUCCAAGCCAGAGGGAGUCGUUAUCUCAAAGAAGAGCAAAGAGAUAAGCAAUAGACUGGCUGAGGCAAAAAAGUAA